UUUAAAAUCUUGUACACAAAUGGGUAUUUAAGAUUAAAUGGACCUCAGGUUUUAGGAAGUAUCAGAAGACUAAUUGAAGAUUUGCUUUGCAGUACUGAAGAGAUGAAGCUGGUUCUCCUUGCUGUACAGGCCGUUAUAUUAUUGUUUUUCCUUGGCACCCGGGAAGUGAAGUCUGGAAAAUGCCCCAGAUUUUGCAUGUGCGACAGCGUUCAGCUUACAGUGGCUUGUGUCAAGAAGAAUCUGACUGAGAUUCCACCCACCAUUGAUGAGAUCACAGUUAAGUUGGACUUGAGAGGAAAUUACAUACAGGAGCUUCCUACAGGAGCAUUCAAACAUACACCUUACCUCACCCACUUAUCUCUCCAACGCACUGGCAUCCACAAAGUACGAGAAGGAGCUUUCCGCAGUCUCGGACGCUUGGUCUUUCUCAACUUGGCCUACAAUGACAUUGAUAUCCUGUACCAAGAGUCAUUUGAUGGACUUUCCUCCUUAAAGCAGCUUAUUAUUGACCACAACAGAAUAGAGGAGAUCCAGCCAGGAGCUUUUGCGCAGCUGGGAUUUCUUACCCUCCUCUCCGUCACUCACAAUCAGCUGGUAUACAUCCCAAAUAUGGCUUUUCAAGGUCUGCAAAGCAUUAAAUGGUUACGGCUUAGUCACAAUGCACUCAAUUACAUUGACAUUGAAGCUUUUGCUGGCCUCUUCACUCUUACCCGUCUCAGUCUUGAUAACAACGAACUCCAAUUUUUCCCCACUGAGACUAUGACAAGACUCACCGAGGUGACACGUCUAGAUUUAAGUUACAAUCCCAUGACCUAUCUAGGAGAGGAGGUAGUGUCUAUGGCCAAGCUUACUCAUCUCUUUUUGGAUCACAACUCCCUACAGGAUUUUUCCAGUGCAGCUGUUUUGCUCUCACCCAAGCUCACUCACCUUGACCUUGGUUAUAAUCAGCUACGUGUCUUACAGCCUUUGGCUCUCGGCUCCCCUAAACUGACUCGACUCAACCUAGCAGGCAACCCAAUCUACUGCAGCUGCUAUCUGCGUCCACUGCGCGAGUGGUCAAUCCAGGAGCGGGUACGUCUCGGAGGAACUUGUAGUGGUCCACCCCACCUGUCUGAUGAGAGCCUUGAUGCAGUGCAACCUCCUGAUUUGCGGUGCCAGAGUCAGGAGGCCAUGCUGAAAUUCGAGCAGGAAGAACGGAGCAGACUUCCACCACCACCAACCACCCCACCUGGUGAAAAGGCCAAAUGUCCAGACAACUGUGUUUGUGAAACUGAAAACCAUCAUGCAUCCUGUGAAAAGCAGGGACACACUAAAAUACCACGAGGCUUCUCGCCAGACAUACGUUUGCUGGACUUGCAUGACAAUCACUUCCAUUACAUUGCUUCCAACAGUUUUCCGGGCCUGCCAGAAGUGGUGUCCCUUCAUCUGCAGCGCUGUAAAAUCCAUGAAGUGGAAAGUGGGGCCUUCAGUGGUAUGAAAGGUUUGAUCUACCUCUAUCUUUCAGAGAAUGAACUCACAUCACUGAGCCCAGAUGCGUUCAAGGGUCUACCCCAGCUCACCUACCUUCAUUUAGAGAAAAACAGAUUUAAGCAGUUUCCUAAAGGAGCUUUUACACUGCUACCUGGCUUGUUGGCGCUACACUUGGAAAACAAUGCCAUCACCAAGCUUGAGAAAGGAAUCCUGACAGCUGCUGAGAAGCUAAGAAGUCUUUUUCUUACCAAAAAUGAUAUUACCGACAUCGCUCCUGGGGCCUUUUCCCCAGGAUAUGACCUCGAUAAACUGGACUUGAGCAAUAAUAAACUGAAGGAAGUGCCAACUAGUGCCUUGCCAAAAACAAACAGCUUGAAAGAGCUGGAUUUGUCCCACAAUCCUAUUCGCUGGAUUGGGGCUGAAGCUUUUCUUCCUGUUGCAACCUCAUUAAAACACCUUUAUCUUAAUAACAUGACUUUAGAAAAGAUGUCCAAGGAUUCGCUUGCUGGUCUUGGGUCUGGACUACAGAGUCUUUUAUUGGAGGGCAACCAGCUUGAGGAUGUGCCUGACUUAAGUCCACUUACAGGCCUAGAGGUCAUUAAUCUGGCAGGAAAUCCUCUACUGUGUGACUGCCCACUUCUACCACUCCGCAACUGGCUAGAGAAGGUCAACCUGAAGGUGAGGGCCAGAUGUGGAUAUCCGCCUGAGCUCCAAGGUCAAUGGGUAAAGGACAUUCAUGGUUUUAAGAGCUGUCCAGGACAGGGGCCUCCUCCUUCCCAGAAACCGAAGAUCUCCAAAGCACCAAAAAGCUCAAAACCCAGAUCAACCCCCACCAAACCACGGAGAGUCAUUAAAACAAUUCAAACCAAACCAAGCAGGGAUGCAAAAUCUCACUUGGGGAAGAAGCCUAGUGCUAAGAAACACAAGUCUGUGUAAUCACAAAACAUUUAUAAUGUAUUUUGACAUUUAUCAAUCAGGUAAUUAAUGUUUACUUAACUUUUAAACAGUACACAAACAUCAUUUUACCCAUUAACAAAUUGAAUGAUAUCAAAUGUUGUCUUUAAGGCCUCAUCCCUUUAGAAUUGGUUAAUGGGCCUAACAAUUUAGCACUCAAUAAUACUGGUAUACUAUUUUAACAGACUAAAAAUAGUAAUAAAUUUUUUUUGGGGAAAAAUAAGCCAGUGUUUUCACACAUCCUCUUAGUUCCUGUCCAUUCUUUAUGUUUGAAUGAAACUAAUGUACAUUUAUUGGUAUUAACGAACUGGGUAAUAGAG